AGGUGUACCACUUUUCUUUUUUUGUUUGUUUGUUUUUUGCUGUCUGUAUCUCGCUUUCUCUAUCACGAUAUAAGAGGGGGGGAAAAGGCAGCAUUCGGACAUCCCAUCAUUUCAUUACUCUGGUUGCGCGGUGAACGUUCAUCUCUCCAUCACGCGAUACCAUCAUCGCCAUGAAGCUUUACGGACUCUUGAUCCUGAAGCCGUUUCCGCAAGGUGUCGAGAAGGACCCCGUCAUCUGCUCUAGUGCUAUCGAUGUCAGCUCCUUCGGUUUCUUCCAGCGCAGCUCCGCCCGUGAGUUUAUCAUCUUUCUGUCCCGCACUGUCGCGAAGCGCGUUGCACUUGGGGCAAAGACACAAAUCACAGAAAACGGUAACGUCGUGUACGCCUACUCAACGCUGGACGGCCUUGUCGCGAUUGCGGUGAGUGACAUCGAGUACAACGCUCGCGUAGCCUUCACCCUUCUAACGGAGUUGGUGCCGCAGUUCCAGCAAACAUUCCGUGGGAAGUAUGACUCGGUCGAGGGCAAGGCAGACGAGUUCUUACCGUGGCCCCGGCUGAACGAAACUCUUAUUAAAUACCAAAAACCCGAGGAGGUCGACAAGAUUCUGCGCAUCAAGCGCGACAUCGAGGACACGAAGGUCAUCAUGUACAACGCAAUCGAUCAGAUUAUCGAGCGUGGACAGAAGAUCGACGAUCUUGUAGCGCAGAGUGAGGAUUUAGGUAUGGCGAGCAAAACAUUUUAUUCGCAAGCGAAGCAGACGAAUUCGGGUUGCUGCUCCGUCAUGUAG